GCUCUGCCAGCUGAUUGGCUGCCUUGCACAGAGGCUCAGGUGCUGGCUGAAUUCUGAAAAUGGAAUCACCCAACAGAGUUCCCUGAUUCAGAGUAACACCCUUGAAAACUAGGUCGCACUCUCUUUUUAUUAGACUAUUACAUUACUGUUCAAAUAAUAAGAAUAAUUACAAAAUGUAAGUUCAUCAGUACUUGGACGUGACAGUACAGAAUUAACUGGACGUAAGCCUCAGCGUGGACAGCAGUGUCAGUCUUAUGCAAGUCGCGUGACUGGCUACAUUGGCGCUGCAUUCGGGUUUUGCUGCAUAAUUUUUUUAAGAGACUUGCAAUUGCACCGAGAAGUAUCGGUGAGUUAUUUAGGAGUGUUGUUUUCAUUAACUUUGAAUAGGAUUCCUUGACCUAAGGAAAGGGCGACUGGAGGACUGUAUCUGGCUGCACUGGCUCUUUUCCUACACAGACAUCCAUCCUGUCAAUAUAUAUGCCCCUUGGUGAGAGUUGAUUGAAGGCCUGUGUUGAGAACCUGCCAGGAACAAUGGGGAGGAAGUUGGAUCUUUCAAGUCUGACUGAAGAUGAAGCUGACCAUGUACUUCAGGUGGUCCAGAGGGACAUGUGUCUUCGGAAAAAAGAGGAGGAACGCCUGAAUGAAAUGAAACAGCAGCUUGAUGAAGAAGGCAGCAAAUGCACAAUCCUCGCCAGACAGAACAAGUUUAAUGACCACUGCUGCAUGCGCUGCUGCUCUCCUUUCACGUUCCUCAUAAAUACUAAGCGCCAGUGCCUGGACUGCAAAUUCAAUGUGUGCAAGAGCUGCAGCAGCUACAUCAAGAAAGAAAAGGCAUGGAUCUGUGCUGUUUGCCAGAAGAGCAGGCUUCUAAGAACGCAAUCUUUGGAAUGGUACUACAAUAACAUCAAAAGCCGAUUCAAGCGCUUUGGCAGUUCCAAGGUUUUGAAGAUGUUAUACAGAAAGCAUUGUGCAGAAAGAGGAGCUUUCUCAGACAUAGGAGGCAUUCAUGAAGAAAGCGUUGACAAUGCAGAAAGCACCUGUGGCAGCGACUCUACGUUUUACAGACAAAGUGAAGGGCACAGUAUGGCAGAAACCCUUACAGUCGCACUUCGAGUUGCAGAGGAAGCAAUAGAGGAGGCGAUUUCUAAGGCUGAGGAGUAUAGGGGUAGUUUGGAGAAGCAAAAUGAGGCCCAUUACCUACGUGAUAACAAAGAAAAACUAAUAGAGGAACUUGCCACUACAAUUGUGCAAAAAAUUAUAAGGAGGAGAAAGAAUUCAGAGAUGCAGCCAGACUCCGAGAUGGCAUGGCCUCUGUCCCGAAGCAGUGGCCAGACAUCCCCGACAAUCUCUGAGCACAGUACUGUCACCUCUCAGACGAGCCACAAGGGAUCCCACAUCUUAUGGAGAUCUCAGUCUGCUUUCUCUCUCACCGGUGACAAACCUCCAGAACAACCAAUGGAUUCCAACUGGAAGUCUACUAUUUCUGAAGCAAUAUGGAGCAGGCAAGAGGGAUAUCCCAGCCUGAAAAAUGAUCCCAAGACAUUUACUCUUCCAAGCUGGAGAAGCAUGGAUAGGCUGGAUAAUUCUACUCCAUCUUCUGUUUUGCAAAGUCCUGAUGGAAACUGGAUAGCCCUGCAAAGCACAUUUCAGCCCCGCCCAAGUUUGGUUACCAAACCCAAAAGCCAGGUGUUCACAGCUCUUGAAAGGGAGUCUGCCACUAUAUCUGCCUAUGAUGACCUGGGCUCAGAUACUGAAGAUGAAUAUGAUUUAAAUGAGUUAAGAAGGCGGCCACGAAGGCUCUCAGGUGAAACCUACUACACUGACUCCCAGUAUGAUCCUGAGUGGACAAAUACAAGGCAUCGGCCUGUCAACUCCCCAUCCUCUGGGCAGUACACUGACACAGAGACCAUGUUCUCUGAUUCAGAAACCUCCUCUGUGCAUUCUGUGAGAGACAGCCUGCUACAGAUCUGCAAGCAGCAGGUACUGAAGAGGAAAGGCCCAGACCAUGGCGAGGCACUUGAUAUCAACUUUAACCCACAAGCAUAUGGUUUGGGUACUGUGGACAGUAGCGAAGCAGAGGAGCCCAACAAGGAUUCUGUCAGGAGGUCUCGGCGCAGGAGGAAAAGCAAACCUUUGUCUAGAGAGCAUGCCCACGACAGACAGAGCUAUCAAGCACAAUCUACAGCUGCCUACCAGCAGAUCUAUGAUGAUUCACUGGGAGCAGGUGCUGUUAACGGAGGCUUCCAUCCACAAAGAGAAGCAGAUGCCUUGGAGAUGAAACUGAAGUCAAAGUUAUCUGAGCUGACUGCUAAUGUAAGCGAUAAUGAAUCUUCUUCAGGAGAAGAGAGGGAGAAGGAGGACAUCAGACUGACUCAGGUACCACUGGAGAGCUCCUGUUAUGAAGAGAGACAAAUCAUUCAGGAGGAUACCAGGAAGAAGUAUUCUGCUGUUUCUCUCUGCAACAUCACAAUGGAGGUCCUCAAAGUGAUCAAUGCCACAGAGGAGUUGAUUGAGGAAGCUACAGGGGACAGUGACUGUAUGUCAAAACUGCAGGACAAGGGGAGACUCUGUGAGGGAACAGACACUGGAAAACUUCAAGAACACCUUGCCAAACUGGAGGAAAACGUCUAUCUGACCGCUAGCACUGUUUAUGGCCUUGAAGGACAACUGGGUGACCUGGAAGACUGUGCACGCAGCAUUAACAGCAUAACCACUGAGAAUCAACUAGCUCAUUUGGAGGAUCAAGUAGCAUCAGCAGCAGCACAAGUUCACCGAGCAGAGAUCCAGAUAUCAGAUAUUGAGAUUAGUAUUUCAGCCCUUAAAAAUGCAGGUUUGAAUGUAACCCCAUGUAUGCAAUUGGCAGCACAAAAGGAACAAACACCACGCCAGCCACAAACCAUAGAUACUUCGCGUCAACAGAGAAGAAAACUUCCAGCCCCACCAAAAGGAGACAAGAUCAGUCCUGCCCUAACAGUAACUGGAAGGACCUUCAGCAGAAACUCCUUCAGAACAAAGAGCUUUAAAUGAAAGGAAAAAUAGUGCCAAAGACCAUACAACACAGAAGUCAGAUGUGCGCUCAGAUUUAAUGUACUAAGACCACACUCCUACACUGCGAAGAACAUACUGCCUACAGCUGUACACAACAGUGCCUUUAUUCAGCAACCAUGAAAAGGCUUUAAUAGGAAAUGGGCUUGCAAUAGUCCUAAUCUGGUCAUACUAAUGGAGCUCCACUUUGAUACCUCCCUGUGUUCAUCCUAAAUAUUGUGGCUUUUUGAUGGAAAUUUGCUGCCUUAAGUUAAAGAGACUUGCUGGAUCAAAGAUGGGGUGCUUUGGCCAUUAAUUAAACAUGUUAUGGGAAGCACAUUUCCUUUUAUUUGUAUGCAAGGGUGGUGUUCAUGUUCUAGUCAUAUUUUUUUUAAAAUAAAUAUUAUGUGUAAAUAACAAAAUUUAAAACUUUUAAUAAUUUUGAUUUCUAAAUAUGUCUGUAAUGUAAAAUAAAGUAAAACAUCACCAUGUGAGACUGAAGUUUGCUAUCAGUAAUGGUUGUUUAUGCAAUACAAUUUUGUAAUUAUUUUUUUUUUGUUAAAUUGUUUUAAAAAAAAUAACGUCAUUAAGUUGUUUGGUAAUCAUUACCACUAACAGGUGCUGAUAGUGGCUGGGAAAUAUUUCAUUUUAUGCAACCAGUCCUUAUAAAGAGAACAGGCACUAUUCACAAAGCUUUGAUACAUCAGUUAUUAAAGCUACCGAUGAAUAAAACGCUUUUAUAUUCAUGAAACUCAUAUGGAUUGUUGGUGAAAAACUGUGUUAAAUGUUAUAUCAGUAUCAAACUAUUUAUAGAAUCAAAACAAGUAAACAAAAUCCUUGAAUAAUCCUUAUGUGAUUUUAAAGUGCUUUUUUGUUGUUCUGUCAGCCAAUUAAAACCUCUUGUAAUAAUGUGUUUGACAAAUGGGGUGUUUAAAUAAUGCUGUACAUGGCAGGAAUCUGUUAAAAUCUACUGGCUGGUGGCGGAGGAGCGGUUUAUAUGGUAUCCUAGAGAGGGGUCACGGCAAGUACCUAUAAAGGAGUAAAUGUGAGGUAGGGCCAAGGUGAUUGUUUUCCAUCACAAAACCCCUGGAGCAAAAUCUGUGUUAUGGUUUACAGUAUUAUUCUGACCAUUCUUCAGACAAUAAUGUCCUUAGUAUAACCUGGAAUGGCUUUAACUUAUGUGCAGUUGGCAGUUGUAUUCCAUCUCUGUAACUGCUUUCAUAGGUAAAACAAAAAUACUGUACUGUGUAUUGGGUAGAAGUAAAAGAACCACUUAUUCCACUUGCCAAUAUAACAUGUUUGCCCUCUGCUCAUGGGUUAUGGUCAUUUGAAUGCCAGAGGUGUAGUAUAACUGAAAGGAAUUGAAAACCAAAGCUAUUGAUGGCUUCAAAGCAGAUACAAUGAUGGGCUUUUUACACACUGGCCCCAUAGUUUGUGGUACACAGUUUGGCAUACAUAUAAUAUGUAGUCUCGCUAAGCAAAAUUUGUCAUCUGCACUAAAAUUUAUGUCAGUUUAGGCUGUUUUAUCAAUUAAAUAUUGUUCUGUAUAGGUAUUGUAAAUGAAAAGUGUGUCAAAUACUGUAUGUCACAUGGAAAACAAAUCUGUGAAUUAGUUGCAAACAAAGAAGAUAUUUCCCUCUUCAUUGUAUGGGGUUCUUUAGUUUGUCAUUAAUGUUUUGAAAUAUUUUAUUUUGUACUUCAGUGACAAAAUGAGUUCUAGAUAACAACAAUUAUACUGUAUAACUUGCUUAAUAUUUUAGCACUGAACAAUUAUGAUGAUGAAGAAAAGAGUAUAUACUUGAUCAUUUUGUGUUGAAAAUCAUAUCAGCCGAAGGGAAAUAUGUCAAGCCCUUAAGUUUCAACAUACAUUAUUGAUAGUAUUGAACUGUACAGGCAUGUUUUUAAGCAACUUAUAAUGCCAGUAUUUUUUGUAUUGAAGUUCUCCUUUCUAUAUACAGUAUUGUUUUGUUGUUAAAUAUGUUUCCAUAAUGUAUAUAUCCACCAGUGAUAUAUAUAGUACUGUGCAAAAGUUUUAGGCAGGUGUGAAAAAAUGCUGUAAAGUAAGAAUGCUUUCAAAAAUAGACAUGUUAAUAGAUUAUAUUUAUCAAUUAACUAAAUGCAAAGUGAAUGAACAGAAGAAAAAUCAAAAUCAAAUCCAAAUCCUUUGCCUUCAAAACAGCAUCAAUUCUUCUAGGUACACUUGCACAAAGUCAGGGAUUUUGUAGGCAUAUAGUCAGGUGUAUGAUUAAACAAUUAUACCAAACAGGUGCUAAUGAUCAUCAAUUCAAUAUGUAGGUUGAAACACAAUCAUUAACUGAAACAGAAACAGCUGUGUAGGAGGAAUAAAACUGGGUGAGGAACAGCCAAACUCAGAAAAAUGGCAGCAGGUGCUCUGGACUGAUGAGUCAAAAUUUGAAAUAUUUGGCUGUAGCAGAAGGCAGUUUGUUUGCCGAAGGGCUGGAGAGCGGUACACGAAUGAGUGUCUGCAGGCGACAGUGAAGCAUGGUGGAGGUUCCUUGCAAGUUUGGGGCUCCAUUUCUGCAAAUGGAGUUGGGGAUUUGGUCAGAAUUAAUGGUCUCCUCAAUGCUGAGAAGUACAGGCAGAUACUUAUCCAUCAUGCAAUACCAUCAGGGAGGCAUCUGAUUGGCCCCAAAUUUAUUCUGCAGCAUGACAACGACCCCAAACAUACAGCGAAAGUCAUUAAGAACUAUCUUCAGCGUAAAGAAGAACAAGGAGUCCUGGAAGUGAUGGUAUGGCCCCCACAGAGCCCUGAUCUCAACAUCAUUGAGUCUGUCUGGGAUUACAUGAAGAGAGAGAAGCAACUGAGGCUGCCUAAAUCCACAGAAGAACUGUGGUUAGUUCUCCAAGAUGUUUGGGCCAACCUACCUGCCGAGUUCCUUCAAAAACUGUGUGCAAGUGUACCUAGAAGAAUUGAUGCUGUUUUGAAGGCAAAGGGUGGUCACACCAAAUAUUGAUUUGAUGUAGAUUUUUCUUCUGUUCACUCACUUUGCAUUAUAUAUAAUAUAUAUGUAGUCCCUGUAAUAACUAUCUUACCUCAGACAUUACUUAAUAAUUAUUUUAAAAAAUCAAAAUAAUAAUAAUUCUGGUGAAUUCUGUUUGAGUCAGUUGCAAAAAAGAAAAGAAUAAUAAUAUAUGCCAUUAAAGGAUUUUGUGUAGGGUUAUGCUGGUUUUUCUGAGGUAAGUACAAUUUACACAUUUAUUUAAAAAACACCCAAGAACAUUUCUGGACUAAAUUAAUUAGUGUAAAUUUUGUACAUAUACAAAACCUUUCAAAUACUUGCCAUAACAGGUCAACCCUCCAACCUGCAAGAAGUUCAAAUUGUUCUGGGUGGAUACAUGACUGUUGUCUCAUUCAGAAAGUUGCUGAUAAGAGUCUCAAGUCUCAACCAUCUAAAAAAAAAAAAAAACUGUUCCGUAUUUUGUGUAGUCAUAGACAAGCUCUUGUCUACCACAUUUUAGUUUUUUGACAAUUGAGAUUUAGACUGACUUGAUGAGAUGCAGCUUUUAUACACAGUAAAACCUUUAAAAAUCACUUUUAAAGGGACUCGUAUUAAUUUAACUGUUAAUUAUUAUACUUUUUUUUAAAUUUGGUACUACAGUUAUUACAAUGUACUAUGCAUGUACUAAGAAAUAAAUAAUAAUAAUAAUAAUGUACAGCUAUGGCCAAAAGUUCUUCAUCACACUCUAUAAUAAUCUAAUUUUGCUUCAUAAAGUUGAAUGAAAUCUGCUGAUAAUGUUACUUUAACAUUGAAUUACAUACCACUGUAGUUUUCUAUAUCGUUUUUUGUUGUUUAUGUAUAUAGUUGUCUUUAUGUAUAUAGUUUUCCAUAUACAUAAAGAACAACUGACAAACAAAUGCAAAAUGUGACAUUUCAAAGUCUGAAAUACUGUACUACUAUUAUGGCUUCCAGUAGCCUGUUACAAUAUAAUUUUGUAGUUUAUUUGAUUAUAUGUUAAAUAAAAGAUCUAAAUUCUGUUCAUAUAGUUUUUUUUUUAUUAUUUUUUUUAUUAUGUCUCAAACCUAACAUUCUAAGUGAGGCAAAACUUUUGGCCAUAGCUGUACAGUGCAGUGUUCUAAUUGAAUAUUAAAGGGCUUUAAAUAAAUUGCAGUGUUCUCUAUCCCCUGUAUUGUGCAACUAUAUUACUUACUUACAAACUGCAACUUAACAUGUAAAAAAUGUUGUUAAAAGCAUUAUGUGUAGUUUGAAGCGAUGGAAAUCAGUUGCAAGGCAGUGUCCAAAUAACCAAAGUGAGAUCAGGAGAUUGACUCCUGUUGUAUUCUGUCAGGGGCAAAAAAAAAUUACAAUUGUAUUUGUAGUUAAAUACUUAAAUAUAGUCCAACUUUUUUGGGGACAUUAUCAAAUUCAUUGUAGUGUGUAGUCUUGAUUUUAUGAAAGCUAUCCCUUUUAUUUUGGGUAUAGUACAGUAUGUCGUCUUGAUUAUUUUUUAUUUAUUUUUUUUCUUAGCAAACACCCUUAUCCAGGGCGACUUACAGUCGUAAACAAAAAUACAUUUCAAGAAUCACAUGGUGGACCAUAGGAGGAUAGUAGGAGCUAUUCAAUUGAAAUUCCAAAAGCCAAAUUCCACUACAAUCUAUAGUAUCUUGUAUAUACCCCACUGAAAACCCUGUGUAGUUUCUUUAAAAACAAGAUACAAAUAUGAUCUAUUACAUUGUCUUCAUAUUUUCUGUCUUUUUAAUUCUACCAGUUGUUGGAAACAGUUGAAGUCUUUUAUUUUUUUUAAAUUAAAUUUAGUAAUCACCAAUUAAUUUUACCCCGUUUUCUCCUAAUUUGAAAUGUCCAAUUGUAUUUAGGCUCAGCUCACCGCUACCCACCUGCACUGACUCGGGAGCAGCAAAGACGAACACACACUGUCCUCUGAAGCAUGUGCUGUCAGCCGACUGCUUCUUUUCGCUAUGCAGGCCCGCCAUGCGGCCAACCCAGAGCUAGUGUCAGAGGACAACGCAGCUCUGGGCAGCUUAUAGGCAAGCCCGCAGGUGCCCGGCCAGUCUACAGGGGUCAAUGGUGCGUGGUGAGCCGAGGACAUCCUGGUCGACCCAAGCCCUCCCCCUCCCCCGGUGGUGCUCAGCCAAUCGUGCACCGCCCCCUGGGAACUCCCGUCCACAGUCGGCAGUGGAAUAGCCUGGACUUGAACCGGCGAGUUCAGGCUAUAGGGUGCAUCCUGCACUCCACGUGGUGCGCCUUUAUCAGAUACGCCACUCGGGAGCCCCCAGGAAACAGCUGAAGUCUUAUGUGAAUACAUUGAUGGUGUGUUGUUCAGCAAAAAAUUAUUUGUUUUAAAAUCAGUUUUUACACAACGAAACCUGCAUUGAAGAUAGCCUUUCUGAAACUUUUUGAUAUCAAGGCAACUUUAAGCAGCAAGACCAAGAUGUUUUUGCAUUGAAUGCUUCCAUUAUGUUUUUAGACACUCAUGUUUUUUGUUUAUGUUUCAGAUCAGACAGGGAUAUAUAGAAGUCCUUACCAGAAACACAGCAAGGGACUAACAUAUGUAAUUACAAUUAUUUUGCUUUUGUUUAUUUUUUUAUAGUAAACAAUAUCUGAAAAUAAUUUGAAUUUUACAAAAAUCCUUUCUUUGUAAUUGUUAGGUAUCAUGUAAAUGUACAUUUAUUCCAUCAAAUGAUAAUUAUUUCUAGUGCAAUGUAUCAAAAAUGAACAUUUGUGUCAAUAUACUGGGUUCUGAAUGAUUGCAGUAAAGUAUACUAUGCACAUCUUGCUCUACACGUAUCUAUUAAUUAGCUAAACCUGUUGAUUGUUUAAGUUCAUUAUGUGUGAAAAUUUAUUUAUAAACUCAAAGAAUAUACUGCAAUCAGAAAUGUCCACAUUCAAUGUCAUGUGCUUCAGUUUGAAUACAG